CCGCGCGCGCCGGCACGGCCGGGACUGAGGGGAGCGUGGGCGGGGCGGAGGGGCUGUGUCCCGCUGUGGGGAUAACGGGAUAACCGGAUAACCGGGAUCCGCCCUGCUCUGACCCCGCCCCGGCACUGAGGGCAGCGGCGGGAGGCUCGUGUCCCGCUGUGAGGGCAGCCGGGAUAACCGGGGUUCACCUCUUCAGUGACGGCUCAGUGGGACCAGGUUUGUAACAUUCAGUUGGUGUAAGCUGGCUUAUCCAUGCAUCUUGGAAAGUGAGGAUUUGCUGUUAGUUUUGGGAAGAAUUGUUACAAAAAGGGUGUUGGGAAGAUGGAGAAGGCUUUGAACAGAAUUCAUCCAGUUUCUGAUCCAGAAGCAACCUAUUUUGUACAGGUGUCAUGGGAAAAGGAUUUAGGCACUGGCUUUGGUUUACUUCUCAGUGACUGUCAGUGCGCCUGGACUGGGACAGUGUCUGAAUCAGACAUUUCUAGGGAGGCUGCUGACAUAGAAAUGGACAGAGAAAAAUAUGUGGAAGAGCUGAGGAAAGCACUGAUAGCUGGAGAAGAGUCAGCUGGCAGAUACAACUUUGUGAUUUCGAGGGAUGAGCAGAAUAAGGCCUGUCACUUCUCCUAUGAAAGGAACCUGAGAGACGGCUCUUUCAGACUUGGAUCUCUGAAGCUGCAGGAAGUCCCAAACCCAGCAGAGGUGAUCAAGGAACUCAUUGGUUACUGCCUGGACAGCCUGGGGAAGCUGCAGGCCAAAACUGAGCAUCUGCAGAGGCAAAAUGAAAGGCUUUUGAGCAACUGGGGCAAGGCGGAGAAGAGGCUGGAAAAAUGCGUGAAAGCCAAAGAGCAGCUGGAGGCAGACCUUUACAGGAGGUUUAUUUUGGUGCUGAAUGAAAAGAAGGCAAAGAUAAGGAGCUUGCAGAAGCUGUUGAGUGAAGCUGAAGAAUCCACAGCGGAUGCCAAGUGCUCCAGGGAUAUUAUAGCUGAUGCUCAGGUGGUUGUAAAGAAAGAAAACUAUGAUGCCCGCACUGAUGAGGAAAGUGAAAAUGCAGCAUCGGCCUCGUCGCCAUCAGCUCCGGAACGAAGGGAUUCCUCCCUGCUGGGCAUCCCAGACACUGUGUGCGCAGCUCCCAGGAGAAAACGAAGGCAAAGGAUGACAGAACCUGGAGGGACAGGAGCUAAGGUGGCUGCUUGCGAGGCAGAGCAGCCAGCCCAGGAAAAGGCCGGCCCGGCCUGCUCUUGGCAGUGCUGCCCAGACUGGGAUGUGGAAACCCUGGAGAACUCGUGUGGGCCAGAGGAGCUCUUCGAGGACAUGUAGCCUGGGCACAGGGACACUGCUGCUCCCUCCAGGGAUGAGUUAUCAACUAAAAGGGUUUUUGUUACAGAACAAAGCCGCAACCUUUGCUCUGAGGCUCUGAACCCUCCAAGAAGCACCACGCUUCUUGCAGACCUUGGCCUGCUGCACCUCAUUUGUGGCUGUCCAAAAUUGAGUUCAUCCCCUGUGUGUGGAGCUUUUCUCACCCGCAUGGGGGAAUUGAGGGCACUGUGGAUGUGUUUUUUCAUCCUCACAGCCUCUGGUUGUGCUCAGGAUCAACCAUUUCCCAAGCACCAGGGCUGGGGUGAUGCUAGACAUGCGCUGAGCUCAGCCUUUCCCCAGGCUUGGGUGGAUAACUCAGCUUUAUUUGCCAGGCUUGGAUGGAUAAAUCAGCUUUAUUUGAGGUGCAGGUGUGACUUUAGAUUGGUUCUGAGUCAAAGAAAAAGGUCCUUUUACUUGCGGCACUCCAGCUUUUGGGAGUAAAGUGCUACUAAGGUUGAUAUUGACUCUAUCUUAACUUUCUGUAGAAACCCACAGCAUUUAAAAUUGUGAUUUUUGAUACUUCAGCUUUUUCCUUAUGGCAAUUUCUUUAAAAAAAACCAAGAAAAUUAA